AUGUCUACAGGAUUCUUAACCACCAAAGGCACCAAGAUCGUCGAUGCCAACGGCAAACAAGUUGUUCUUGUUGGUACUGCCAUCGCCGGACACUUAAACAUGGAGAAUUUCAUCACCGGUUACCCUGGUCACGAAACCGAACAUAAGAAUGUGUUGAAGAAGAAGAUUGGAGAAGAAAAGUUCAACUUCUUUUUUGACAAGUUCUACGAGUACUUCUGGACCGAAAAGGACGCAGACUUCUACAAGAACGAAUUGGGUUUCAACUGCUUAAGAAUUCCUUUUAACUAUCGUCACUUUAUUGACGAAGAGGUCGACUUGUUCAAAAUUGAUCCAAAAGGUUUCGAAAGGUUGGACAGAGUUAUCGACAUUUGUUCCAAAUACGGUAUUUACACUGUCUUGGACUUGCAUGCUACUCCAGGUGGUCAGAACCAGGACUGGCACGUUGACUCCGGUAUCCACAAGUCCAGCUUUUUUGACUUCAAGGUUUUCCAAGACUCAAUGGUGAACUUGUGGAUUGAACUCGCCAAGCACUACAAGGACAACACAUGGGUCGCUGGUUUCAACCCUUUGAACGAGCCUGCCGUUUCGCAACAUAAGAAGUUGGUUAAUUUCUACCAGAGAUUGCACGACGAAAUCAGACCUAUUGACCCUAACCAUAUCUUCUUCCUUGAUGCCAACACCUACUCCAUGGACUUCAGACAAUUCCCAGCUCCAAAGGAUUUCAUCCCUAAUGCCGUCUACUCCAUCCAUGACUACUCUACUUUCGGUUUCCCAAACAUCCAAGGUACCUUGUACACUGCCUCUGAUGCUGAAAAGGAAAAGUUGAAGAGACAAUACGACCGUAAGGUUGAAUACCAUCACGAACACAAUGUUCCCGUCUGGAACGGUGAAUUCGGUCCAGUCUACGCUUCUAAGGAAAGAGGUGAUGAAGACCCAGACACCAUCAACAGAGCUCGUUACCAAGUGUUGAAGGACCAAUUGGCCAUCUACAAGAAGGGUGACCCAUCUGGUGACGGUACUCCAAUCUCCUGGUCCAUUUGGUUGUACAAGGAUAUUGGUUACCAAGGUUUGACUUACGUUGACCCUGAAUCCAAGUGGUACAAGGUCUUCGGUGAAUUCUUAUUGAAGAAGAAGAAGUUGGGUCUCGACAGAUGGGGUAACGACAUCGACCCAGAAUAUAACCAGUUGUAUGAAAAUUUGGCAAACCACAUCCUUGAAAACGUUCCAGAGAAGUACCACCAUGCUCUCUACCCUCACCACUGGACAGUACUUGAUUGGUUGUUCAGAGUUAGCAAAGACCAGUUGUUCUCUCAAUACGCUCAAUACGAAUACGCUGACUUGUUCGUUGGACUUUCUUUUGAAGAAUUGGAUGAACUCGCUGCUUCUUUCAAGUUUGAAAACAUCAAAUUGAGAGAUGAAUUGAACGACAUCUUGAAGGAUUACAAGAAUUAA